AUGUUUACAACUUCAACAACCUCAAAACCAGGCUGUUCAAUUUACAACGAUGAGCAAUUACAUAUUAUCAUGGAUCGAGUUUGUGAAAUUUGUCAUGAAAUGUAUUCACAUCAAUACCCUAAUACAAGGGCCGAUUGCAGAUCAGACUGUUUCCGGAGCAAGCAUUUUCAAUCAUGUUUGGAGCAUUUUCGACCUAUGAUUCCGUAUGGUUGA